GCCCCGCCAUGACGAGCCUCUUCCGUCGGAGCAGCAGCAACGGCAGCUCGCGCGGCGGCUCCUCUGCCCAGGAGCUCAACAACAGCCGCCCCGCCAGGCAGGUCCGCCGGCUGGAGUUCAACCAGGCCAUGGAGGACUUCAAGACCAUGUUCCCCAACAUGGACUACGACAUCAUUGAGUGCGUCUUGAGGGCCAACAAUGGUGCCGUGGACGCCACCAUUGACCAGCUCCUGCAGAUGAACCUGGACAGCAGCGGCUGCGACGACAGCUCCGACUCGGAGGACAGCAUCCCCCCCGAGAUCUUGGAGCGGACCCUGGAACCGGACAGCUCGGAUGAAGAGCCCCCUCCCGUCUACUCCCCUCCCACCUAUGAGAGCCACGCGUUCGGCAGCCGCUACCCCCGCCUGCCGCCCACCCCGCCGCCCAGGACGGAUGUGCCAGGGCCCGGCAGCACCCCAGCGCCCGGGCGCUACAGGAACUGGAACCCACCGCUCCUGGGCAACCUCCCUGAGGACUUCCUCCGCAUCCUGCCCCAGCAGACCGCCGGCACACAGGGCUCCCACGGCUGCCGGCAGCCCGUGCUGCAGGGUCUCGCCCCACGGGGCCAGGGCUCCCUGGAGCAGGAGCGGCAAUGGAAGCAGUACCUUGAGGACGAGCGGAUCGCGCUCUUCCUGCAGAACGAAGAGUUCAUGAAGGAGCUCCAGAGGAACCGGGAUUUCCUUCUCGCUCUGGAGAGAGAUCGAUUGAAAUAUGAGUCAAAAAAAUCCAAGUCAACCACUGUUGCUGUCAGCAACGACUUUGGUUUCUCCUCUGUAAUAUCAGGUGACGUAGCCCCCUCUGUAACCAGCGAGGCCGGUGGUGCCGUGUCUGACGAUGCCUUAUUCAGAGACAAAUUGAAACACAUGGGAAAAUCCACGCGCAAGAAGCUGUUUGAACUCGCCAGAGCCUUCUCUGAGAAGACGAAGAUGAGGAAAUCAAAAAGAAAACACUUGUUGAAGCACCAAGUGCUGGGGACAGCAGCUUCCACGGCAAAUCUUCUCGACGAUGUCGAAGGACAUUCGUGCGAUGAAGACUUCCAAGCGCGGAGGCAGCAGCUCCGGGAGGAGGAGGAGACGCUGAAGGAAGGGCAGUAACGGUGAGAGGCACCUGGGGACGAGUGCUUCCUGGUCCCAGCGCUGAGGUUUAUUGCUGGCACAGAACGUGCACAAGGCUUCAUAAGAAGAUGGCUGAAAAAGGAAAAAAAACACCCAACCAAUAACCCAGUUUUUUGGCUGUUCCCCUUUGCUGUUGUACUCUUCUGAAGUACAAGUAUUGAAGUGAGGCACAAUGUUUUCUUACCAGCGGUUUGAAAACAACUUUUCCUAUCUAGCAAAUCAGCCAAAAAGGAAAAAAAAAAAAGGAAAAAAAAGUCAGCAGCUGAUGUGAGCCGCUGUGGAGGAGCCAGCGGAGCUCAGGCUUGGGAUGAGCAGCGUCCUGCCUGCUCUCUCGGUCCGAGCGGCGUUGCAAGAGGAAUGAAAAUCAGUUGUUCUAACGAGGAUGCAUUCACAUGUGGGAUCUGCUUGGCCGGAGCACGCCUGAACAUAUCUCUGUAGCGAUCUGAUGUAACUUUACUCUGCACACACAGGAGAAAAAAAAAAAACAAACAAAAAUCACAUGAGAAAAAGAACCUAACAGCCGUUGUCUACUAUUGCUAGGAGUAAUGAGCAGAGAUUCAGAUCAGGUAAUAGUCAAAUAAUAUAAAUUGUUUAUAA